CAGUGCUUCGGGUCAAACAGCAGCAGCUCGGGGCCCAGGCUGAUGCCCUCCUGUCAGUGGCAGGUGGGUCGCAGCACAGGACGGGGAGCUUCGGCAGGGAACGAAAGCACACCCGAACCGUGCCCCAUGUCCACACCCCCGGUUGUGACCCCGCCUCAUGAGCUGCCCUCCAUGCCUGCUCGAUUCUGGCCGCGACCCCUCCGUGCCGGACGCUUGAGCUGGGUGAGGAAUCGUCAACGUCUCCGAGCCUGUCCACCAAACAGAGGGUUGCUGACGGUGACGCGCCCAGUGUGAACUUCCGAGGUCCUUCGUGAGUCAGACUGCAGGUAUCACUUCGCCAUGGCCUCUGGCUGGGUGUGGCAGGGCACAUCGGAGGCCCCAACUCACUGCGUGUUUCACUACCCCAGCGCCCCCCCUGUACCAGUGCCUCCCCCGCCGUGCUUCCCUUAUGCCUCCAGUGAAAACAGGUACAGCUUCUCAGCGUCGUACGGAUUUGCUUCGGUGGCUCCUUCAUAUCCUAUGUUCUCGACACAGUGCGUCAGAGUGACGUUUGUAAGCAAGCCAAGAGUGCUCUGUGAACAAUCCCAAGCUGAUGAAUCUUCUGCAACUACUAAAUUUGUGGCCCCAGCCGAGCCGACGGGGCUAGGCACAGGCUCACUAUCGGCGUCAGGGACAGGACCAGGCUCAUUAUCAUCCGGACCACCAGGCCCAGCCCCGUGCCCUUCACGACCCCCAGCUUCGGAACAAACUGUGAUCCUCGUCCCUUCGUCUGCAUCUGCCUCGAUGCCUGCUAUUAAACUGCCUGAACGAGAACACCAUAAAGGAGAUGGCAAGCACUGCUACACUUACGCCAAACGACGGUGUCGCCCUCGCCCCAGGCCGAGACAAAGCCAGGAAAUCUUAGCAGAGGAAACAGUCCGAGUGCCACAAGCCCUGCCUGGCGUGGGCCAGUGCGGGGUGCAGGAGUGUGUCGUGCCGGCCCGGUGGGUGGUGCUGACGCGGCCCCGGCGGGUGACCAAGCGGGUGGGCGGCGUCAAGACUCCCCACCCAUACCAGAGGCGGCGGAAGAGCCUCAUUCAGCGGCACCUGCUGCAGAUACCAGGCGACCGUCAACUCUGCAAAACUCUGAACCUCAAGACCCGGCAGCACCACUACGCCAUCCUCGCCGCCGACUACGAGGAAGACGUGAUGACGUACCUGCUGGAGGUGGAGCGGCGGCACCAGCGGCGCUACAACUACCUGACGGCCCACCCGUCGGUGAGCCAGCGGACGCGCGCCAUCCUGGUGGACUGGCUCAUCCAAGUACAGAGUUACCUGGGCGUGUCGUGCGAGACGCUCUACCAGUCCGUGGUCCUGAUGGACCGAGUGCUGGAGGCGUGCUCUAUCCCGGUGCCGUGCGUGCAGCUCCUGGCUGUCACCUGCCUCCUCAUUGCUUCCAAACUCGAGGAGCAGCAGCCCGUGGAGACCUCCGAGCUGCUGCACCUCACCCUCAACUCGUACAGCCACGGCGAGCUGCUGGCCAUGGAGCGGCGCGUGCUGCAGGUGCUCCGCUUCCGGCUAACCUACGCUGAACCGACGGUCUUCCUCGGCUACUUCCUCCAUCUGACCUGCAACACACAUGACCAAACGAUUACGGAUUGCUGUGACUUCCUGAUGGAGGUGGUGCUGGUGGAGUCCUGGCCCCUGGAGACUCGCCCGUCCCUCCUGGCCGCCGCAGCUCUGCACGGGGCCCUCAUGAUCAUUCACGGCGCCUUGGCCGCGUCAGCUGUUCCUCUGCUCAUGCCUAAGUACUUCAGCCUUGCGGAGGAGGCGAUCGUGGCCACCAGUCUACGGCUGCUGGAGGCCCUUUCCAAUCGCUUCCACCUGCCGUUCCAGGGCGCCGAGAAUAAGUACGCCAGCCAGUCCCGGCACCACGCCCUGGCACGCCACCCGCGCCUCCAGCCAGUCUACCUGUUGACUGUGGUGGACAAGGUGCGGGCCACCCUCAUCUACCUGCGCGGAGAGAACACGGUGAUAAGGAGCAGUCAGCACACUCCCGCCGAAGGCCCUGCAGCCCUGUACCAGCAACACGCCGUACCUCUCCCAGGCGGCGACGGCCUGCGUCACCUGGAUGCCGCAGUCACCGGAGAACAAGUGUUGGUGGGCCGCGAGUAGCGGGAAGGGUUGGUGCUGCUGGGCCUGGAGGAGGGGUGAAGGUGGCGUGUGGCCUGGCGACGACCCAGGAGCCACAAGGAAGAUGAGUAGGUUUGUCUUGCACAGGAUACCGAGUGGGCUGCACAAGGCACGCUUUCUUGCUUGCUAAUGAGACAGUCCUAUAGUAUCCUUGUUAAACCUUUUGCAGGGAGCCCUGAACCAAGGCGACGGUGAGGCACAAGUCUUGAGACGUAUUGGGGGCAGCGAUGCCACGAUGAGCAAAAGCAUUCAUCUGCACAAUUGUUAUGGUUUCCGGUGCAUCGGGUAAUCAGGCUGGUGGGUUAGCCCUUGUAUGGCGUGGCGGGGAUCAUCAUGAUCAUCAGUGCUGGUGGUGGACGUUGACGUGGACAAGAUAAAUACACUCCAGCAAGCAGCAGCCACUCGCCGCCAAGCAAAUGAUCAAUGUAGUGGUUGGAGUUUUGAGGAAUAUAAUUUGAAGACAUUGGAGUCUCCAAUGUUGUCAAAGUAUAUCUCGUUUCCAGCUACCUGGUGUUUUGGUCCUGCCAUGGAGGCGAGCCUUGUCCUCGUGACGCUGGGAACACCGACGCCAUGCAGGGCCAAGGGAGGGAAGUACUUGCAGUAAUCGUCAGUCAUUCCCUCUGUACUUAAUAGAGUAGUUUUAAUGAUGAUAAUGCUACUACUACUACUACUACUACUACUAGAUAAAUAAUAAUAAUAAUAGAUAAAUAAUAAUAGAUAAAAUAGUUUGGAUUGAAGUGGUGAUAUAAACUACUGCAAAAAUUGCUGCCUCGUAUACGUUCGUUGGAUUAUAACAAUGUUAUUUGUUAUAUGAUAUUUUGGUUUAUUAUUGCGCUCUCGCUUUUACUUGACUUGUUUCUCGAAAUCCGAUCAGAGGGCAGGCGUGUGUCACUCCCCGGGUGGCGGGCGGCGCCCCGCCCCGUGCAGGAACGUUAAUUGGCUCUUUGUGUUUAGGUGACUAAGAACGUUUGAUGGUUUGAAAGUUCCUCAUUAGUUUGAAGAUUCGGGUGAGUUUUAGUUGUCUCUUCUCAUUGAUUUUCUCCCCCUUGUUCCUGCGCGGCCCCAGACACGCCCCUGCCGCGGCGGCUCGUCGAGACAUUGGUGCGGUGCGGUGCGGUGCGGUGUGUUGCCGAGGCCACGGACGGCGGGUUGCCUCCUGGAGCUGCCUGGCGUAGUUAAUGAAUGUUGAUCUGUUGUCAUCAUUCACUUCGUAGUUUUUAUGAGGUUCAUUACAUUACGCAUUCCAUCUCAUCAAAUUUUCUUGGUGGUUUACUGGAAGUGUUCACAGUCAUAGUGCAUCAGUGGUGCUGUCACUGUAAGCCAACUCCACAUAAAUUGGUGAUUUAUUAGACGUUAUUUUGCUUCAGAAUAUUUCAUGUAAUUCCACUAGUCUUUCUAGUCAUACUUUUACAUGAAUUUAUAACCUUUUUGAUUUAUAACCUUUUUGAAGUAUAUAUAAAGUUGAGUUUGGCUUAAUUACAGUAACCAUUUUGUGGGGUGGAAAGGCAUCUUUAGAAAUUUAGCUCUUAUUUAACCACUGGAGGUAUAAAUGUAACUCGUUAAUAAACAAAUCUCAAUUG